UUUCCAAUCCAAUUGUCAGUGCAUGUUUUGUGACGGAGUGUUGAAGUAACUUAUUUUCGUGGAAUAGUAGUGAAAUAGUGGUUAUUGUUUGUUGUUGGUGUCCAUAAGGGAAAAAAUAAAUAAAACAAAAAGGAAAAAGUGGUAAUAAAUGCCGGGACGCGUUCUCUUAUGCAAAGAUAUGCUGAAAUAAGCAUUCAAUAAAUAUGUUUUAAUUUGAUGAGAACAUGCAAAAUAUGUGAAUGUAAAUUGCAAAAGAAGCACAACGACGAUAGCGAAUUACAUUCGAAGUAUAUUUAAUAUAGUGGGGAAUUUAAGUGUAUUGAAUGUGCUUAAUUUAGUGGUAUAUAUUUUUGAGUGGUUGUGACAAAUUAAUGUGCGUGUGUAAACCGAGUCCAUCGCUCCAACGAAUUCGCUUGCAGUUGCCACCACCAUACCAACCGUACUAAAAACGAAGUAGUACUCCUGUUAUAUUCAACCGAUAACGUUACGCGUCGCAGUAAAAAUCAACGUAAUUAUAUUUCAAAAUCUGAUUGUUUAAAAGAUAAAUUUUGGAUCUGUUCAACGAACUGAAAGAGCAACUAUCAAGUUGCCCCGAGAAAACUCGUGCACUGUGCCGCACUGUCCAUACGACAGUGUGGGGUGCUGUUGUAUCCUCAUUAAACGCUGCGCUUGGCGGUGGUGGGGGUGGUGCAGUAACAUCAUCGGCGGAUAGCAGUGGUGGCUCCGGCGUAUCCGGACCAGGACCCGGUGGCGGCGCGAGCGUUAGUCGCUUCGCAUCUAUAAUGGGUGCAGUCAGCUCACGCCACAUCUCUACCAGUGAUGCGCUGGUAGAAGAAGGCGGUGGAGCAGGUAACAAUCAUGAUCAUGGCAACGGGAAUUGUUCAAUAUCACAUAAAAAUGGCAUAACCACAGCUACUGGUGGCUUUCUGCAAAAACAAGAUUUACAUUAUGACAUCGGUCCGAGUUCUCAGUAUCACCAUGUGCGUCAACCAAGUGUUCGCAGUAGAAGUCAGCAACCGAUGCCAACCACAGAUGAAUUGGAUAGGCGUUUCGCAAAAGUUUUGGCUUCCAUGGACUUACCACCAGACAAAGCGAAACUACUCAAGAAUUAUGAUGAUGAAAAGAAAUGGGACAUAAUAUGUGAUCAGGAUAUGGUGCAAGCGAAGGACCCACCAGCUCAUUAUUUGAACAAAUUGCGCACAUAUCUGGACCCAAAGGCCUCUCGCAGCCAUCGGCUAUUCUUCCUCUACUUUCUUUGUCAGAAACGCAAAAUUGUCGGUGAGUCCACAUCGACGCAGGUGCUGCGCGAUCUAGAAAUCUCUCUACGCACCAACCACAUUGAAUGGGUGAAAGAGUUUCUUGACGACACGAAUCAGGGACUCGACGCACUUGUCGAUUACCUAAGUUUUCGGCUACAAAUGAUGCGACACGAGCAGCGUGUCGAAGAAGCACUCUCCGAUUCUGACGAGCGUUUGAAUAUGACAAGCAGUCAGACAGUGGGAGGAGGCGGCACCGGUUCGGGAUCAGCAGAUGGUCUUGGCAGCACAUCGGUGGGAGUAAGUUCACCAUUGAGUGGUAGCAUCAACUUGGAUGGUACGCGGAAUCACCAACACUCACACACGGGACACUCGGGUGGCAGUCUAAACGGAUUUUUACGUCCCUCGCUGGCCGAGGUGCUUGACAGUCCCAGCAUUAGAAGACGCUCCAGACAUAUAGCUAAAUUGAAUAUGGGCGCAUCUACAGAUGAUAUACACGUGUGUAUAAUGUGCUUGCGCGCCAUAAUGAACAACAAAUAUGGAUUCAACAUGGUAAUACAACAUCGUGAGGCCAUCAAUUGCAUUGCGCUGAGUCUGAUACACAAGUCGCUGCGUACCAAGGCGCUAGUGCUGGAGCUUUUGGCAGCCAUUUGCUUGGUGAAGGGUGGUCACGAGAUCAUUUUGUCGUCGUUCGAUAACUUCAAGGAUGUGUGUCAGGAGAAGCGACGUUUUCAAACACUUAUGGAAUACUUCAUGAAUUUUGAAGCCUUCAACAUUGACUUCAUGGUAGCGUGCAUGCAGUUUAUGAACAUUGUUGUACACUCUGUGGAGGACAUGAAUUAUCGCGUCCAUCUGCAAUACGAAUUCACAGCUCUUGGUCUUGACAAAUAUCUGGAAAAACUACGUAUGACUGAAUCGGAAGAGCUAAAGGUGCAAAUUUCAGCUUACUUGGAUAAUGUUUUCGACGUGGCGGGUCUAAUGGAGGAUUCCGAAACGAAGACUGCAGCGUUAGAACGCGUGCAGGAGCUUGAGGAUCAAUUGGAACGUGAAGUGGAUCGUAACUCUGAAUUCAUGUAUAAACUAGCUGAGCUGGAGACAGAGGUGGCUGUAUUGAAAGCAGAACGGGAAGACUUAAUGACGACAAAACUGAAAUUUGACGAAGAAGUCACAACGUUGCGUCGCAUACUCAAACAGAAUGAACAAGAACUGAAGAAGCGUGAAUCUCUGCUUCAAAGCAAAAAUCUCGAAUUACAAACGUUGACUCGUUCAUUGCCACGUUCUGGUUCGAAUAGUGAAACGUCCCUGCAAAAUGGUGGAGCAUCACCAGAUAAAUGCAUGUCUCCUCCACUGCCACCGCCGCCACCACCACUGCCAUCUGCCAUGUCACCUGCCAGUUCGGCGCCUCCACCGCCACCUCCGCCCGCGCCACCUGCACCACCACCACCGCCAAUAGCGCACGGUGGUGCCAUAAGCAACGGCGGUACACUAUCACCUACAAUGUCGACAAACGGCGGUUCGAUAGGUUCACGUUCACCACCAUAUGGCUCUGGUCCAAAUGGUGGACCCAUAAUGUGUGCGUUCCAACCGCCACCACCACCAGUGGCCGGUUUCAUGCCCGCUCCAGACGGUGCCAUGACAAUCAAACGUAAAGUACCGACAAAAUAUAAACUGCCCACGCUUAACUGGAUAGCUUUAAAGCCAAAUCAGGUUCGAGGAACAAUUUUCAAUGAGUUGGAUGACGAGAAAAUCUUCAAACACAUUGAUUUCAACGAGUUCGAAGAGCGUUUCAAAAUUGGUAUUGGUGGCUCAUUGACAAAUGGCAACAACACUGAAGUGGAUGGUCUGCAUUCAUAUCCCAGCAGGCGUUUCAAGAAACCGGACAAUGUGUCGUUAUUGGAACACACGAGAUUACGAAACAUUGCAAUAUCUCGUCGCAAAUUGGAUAUGCCCAUCGAUGAGGUUAUCGCCGCCAUACACAGUUUAGAUUUGAAGAAGCUCUCACUUGAAAAUGUGGAAUUACUGCAGAAGAUGGUGCCCACUGAUGUUGAGGUCAAAUCUUAUAAGGAAUACAUAGCCGAGCGUAAAGACCAAAAUUUACUCACCGAAGAAGAUAAAUUCAUGUUGCAAUUAUCGCGUGUAGAACGCAUAUCAUCAAAGCUUUCGAUAAUGAAUUACAUGGGGAAUUUCUUUGAUUGUCUUCAUCUGAUCAGUCCACAAAUACAAGCUAUCACAACAGCCUCAAAUUCGCUCAAGAAAUCGAUGAAAUUCAAAAAUGUGCUCGAAAUUGUCUUAGCAUUUGGCAAUUACCUAAACAGUAGUAAACGGGGCCCCGCCUAUGGAUUCAAAUUACAAUCGCUUGAUACGCUAAUCGACACCAAGUCAACGGACAAACGCUCGUCGCUAUUGCAUUAUAUUGUAGCGACCAUCAGGCAAAAGUUUCCCGAUCUGCUCAAUUUUGACACAGAGUUGUAUUGCACUGAUAAAGCGUCACAAGUGUCGCUGGAAAAUAUCGUGACAGAUGUGCAUGACCUUGAAAAGGGCAUGGAACUGGUAAAGAAAGAAGCCGAACAGCGUGUCAAAGGCACACAAACGCAUAUUCUACGAGAUUUUCUCAAUAACUCUGAGGAUAAAUUGAAGAAGAUCAAAAUGGAAUUGAAGAAUGCUCAAGAUGCAUUCAAAGAAUGUGUUGAGUAUUUCGGCGAAUCAUCGCGGAACGCUGAUGCAGCUGCUUUCUUUGCGCUAAUCGUGCGAUUCACGCGUGCUUUCAAGAUUCACGAUCAGGAAAACGAACAACGUCGACGCUUAGAACAAGCUGCGGCACAGGCUGCCACCAAAAAGGAAAGCGAUCAAGUGUUAAUGCGCAACAAAAUGAACCAGAAGAAGCAACAGGUGCCCGCUUGUGGUUUCUCCUUACAGGAUGCUGUCAUAAACGAGCUGAAGAGCAAAGCGAAUUCGGUGCGUGAGAAGAAGUUAUUGCAGCAGGAUGAAGUCUAUAACGGUGCGCUGGAGGACAUAUUGCUCGGUUUGAAGAGCGAACCCUAUCGGCGGGCCGAUGCAGUGCGACGCAGUCAACGCAGACGCAUCGAUAAUAAUCGUUUAUCACGCACACUCGAAGAAUUAGAUGUCUAAAGCGAAAGUCGAAAAAUUAUACGAAAACUAGUAGAAUGAAAAUUGAAACAAAAUUUAUUAGAGAUAAUGUAUGUACGUCAUGUACAACAACAUAUAUACAUUUAAUGUUUUAUAAGCGACAAAUUAGAUUGUAUUUUCUACAAUAGCAUAAAAUGCCAAGCGAAAACUAGAAUUUUGGAUACAAUUUUUCAUAAUACAUACAUACAUACAUAUAAGUAUGCAUAGAAUUGCCAUACUCGAAUACAUAAGUAAUUUACUUACAUACAUUCAUAAUGCAUAGGUCAUAACCGUUUUUGGCACAAUUUAGAAAUACAUACAUAUACAUACAUAUAUACUAAACGAAAAAUGAGCAAUGCUUACAAUUUAAUAAAGCUUAAGUACAUUCCUUUCAGUGUUGUCGAAAUUUCUAAGUUUGCGGCAUGCAAAAGUCCAGGCUAUGGCUUGUGGCAUGUCAAGUAGUUAAGUAUUGCAUUAUUGUAUGAAAUGUUCGAAUAAAAGAAAUUCAACAGUCAGUAAAAUAUAAA